AUGGCCAGCAUCAUGGGCUACCCACCUUGGCCUGAGAUUUCCCCGGCGUUGUGUCAGCGGUCUUGCACCAGCAUGAGCAUCUCCGCCUUGGAAAAUGGUACCGCGGUCCCAGAGCUCCUGGACACGUCGCCGGACACAACUUUAGCCCUAGGCACUGUGAUCCUUGUAGUCCGCUAG